AUGCCCAAAGUCGUCGGCCAUACGCCGCCUUGGCUUUGUCGACCAUCCCCAGCUGCUUCAUUCUUUACUCGAGAUCCUUCAAAAAAGCCCGAUAGUCGGACGCAGAACGGAAAUGGAGAAUAUAUAGGACCGCAGAGAACUUUGGCUCAUCGCAACACUGAAGUGUUUGCGGUAGUCGACAAUCAAAUACGGUGGACAGAUUUGGCUACAUUGAAGGCCGAAUGGAGCCCCAAGUCCAAAACCUCGCCGAAGAAAAGCAAAGCUCCUACGAAAAAGGGAACGGAAGACGAUGCAAAGAGUGACCCAUACCGGAUCUUGACGGUCCCCGUUUAUGGCCAGAUUAAACAGCUCGUAAUUUCGCCAAACGGCGCUUAUAUGGCAAUUGUCACUGCACACACUGUACAUAUCGCCAUACUGCCCGAUCGCUCACAUCUUUACAGCGCCGAAAGAACUCCCCUUCGCCUUAAGACAUACCAACUAGGUCCUACCACACACGUCAUUCCUGAGUCUCCUGUUGUCUCAGCAUUAUGGCAUCCGCUAGGGGUUCACUCGAACGUGGAAGCUUGUAUAGUGACUAUCACAGCUGAUGCCGCAGUGCGCGUAUGGGAGUUGGACCGUAACAACCAUUGGUCUUUUGACCGGCCAUCUCUGGCGAUUGAUCUCAAGAAACUCGUUGAUGGAACGUCUUCCGAUGAGGAUUUCACUCCGCUGGGCUUUGGCAAGAAUAAAGGGUUUUCUGCAGAUUCUUUUGAUAUGGAAGUGGCCUCUGCUCAUUUUGGUGGCACAGCCCAACCAGCCGAAGAUGCGUGGGCGGCAAUGACUCUGUGGGUUGCCAUGAGACCAGGUGAUUUGUAUGCGCUCUGUCCUUUGCUUCCUUCGAAGUGGCAAACACCAUCAGCGACGAUCCCUGCACUCUCUGCUACUAUUGUUCCCAAGUUGGGUGCACUCGAGGAGCAAUAUUCGGGCAUCGAAAGUGUGGAGGACGACCUUAUUGCUUGUCGACAGCAAUAUGAAUGGCUCAAGGAGAUUGAUGACCAGAACUCAGCGAAUAUUUCGGAUGUGGAUGGAUAUGAAAUUCUUAAGCGUCCUAGCAACCCAAGUGUGAUUCCUCGUUUGCAAGGCCCAUUCCAAUUCGACGCCGAUGAGCAAUUUGAUGAUCUUGAAAUUACCGAUUUCGUUAUUAUUCCUGCUCGACUUGACACCGCGGCCUUGAUGACGGGCGAAGAUGACGAGGGUAUUCUUGAGGAAAAUGCGCAGGAAGGAUUGCCUUAUACGACAAUCUGUUUAUCGACAUCAAGCGGGCGUGUUCACAUCUGUCUUGAGCUAGAUGGAGUAGAAGGCCAGUGGCUCCCCAAAGCCAAAGCGAACACAUUCACAACUCCGCUUUCGGAGCCAGCUGAUCUUCUUCUUGUCGAGUCACUGGAUACUGUGCGAGAGAAUUUGCGUGAAGCUAAUUGCUGGCCCACAUUUACUUUGGACACUGAUUCUCGAUACUCCUUCUACCUCACAACCACCAACAACGUGUCUUUUAUUUCUCUGUCCUCAUGGGCUCAGAGACUAGAGGCUGAGCUACAGUCCGAGGAUGCUUCAGGAUCACAGUUCCGGCUUAACGUGCUCUGUGAUGGAAACAUUGCCGUUCGUGAAGUACUCAUCCAACUGAAUGAGAACGACAUUUCGUCAGCUGAAGAACCGAAGCAUCUUGCCAAUUCCGUACUUUUCUCUGACUACGAUCUCGGCCAACUCCUUCUGACGUAUAGGGGCUCUACUCCACAAGCCGUAGAACUCAACGAGCAACAGAACCCGGCUCUAGCCUCAUUCUCCGAGUCGUUACGUGGAGAUUUCGAAACAAUAGCCACUCAAGGCCUCCAGCCACUCAGCAAGCCGCGCCGUUCGCCGUACCAAGUCCCUGCAAUCUUCUACGCAGAUGAACCGCUGAAGUCCUUCAUCGAAGAACAUGUCCCACACCGACACAGGCACACAUUGGAAGAACCUCUCCGGCUCUCCCCAUCUACACUCGACAUGAUUGCAGCAGCUCACCGAGUUCUUGCCGCCCAUACCGGUUCGCUUGAGAAAGCAGCAGCCGACUUGUUCCGUCGCUGCGAGCGUCUCCGCGGCGAAAUGCGCGAUCAACUCGAAAGCAUCGCCACAGUCGCGGAUCGCAUCAAGAACGUUUCCAGCCAUAUCGGCGAAGAUGGUCAACGACAAGAGGGGUCCCGAAGCGAGGGUGCUCUUAAUAAUAGACUUAAUGCAGCCAAGCAACGACAGGAAAAACUCGCACAGAGAUACGCAGAUAUACGGUCGAAGAUGUCGAAAUUAGGCGGUCGUCCACUCAGCGAGAAGGAGAAGAGUUGGGUUGGAGAAGUCAAGUUACUAUCUACUUCUAUUGAGAGAAAGGUUGUGGACGAUGAUGAACAAGAUCAGACCAUGAAAGCGCGUCUGGAAACCGCCAAAUCCAUCGCUGAAGACUUACUCGCAGAAGUAAAAAUCAUAUCAAAAGCGCAGCCAACUACACCGGAGGAACACGCGCCUAGCAUCAGUCCGUCGGGGCCUAAAAUUCCGCAGAAACUUCAACGCGCGAAAGUUGCCGAUGCGAUGAAGAUGGUUGACAGAGAAUCUGCGGUUAUUGAUGCUAUUACGACGAGACUCGAUCGGUUGAAUUCGAGUUUCUCAUAA